AUCUUUAAUGCUCGUUAAAAAAAUAAAAACUUGUCAAAUUCUUAAUUUUCUCAAAAUUUCUUGGGAAACUCCACGUAUAUCCGGAGAAACGGAGCAUUUAAAAGUUUUUAAUGAAUCAGGUCCGAGUAGAGCUAUUUGUUCCUUUUUAAAGUUAUGAUUUAGUGUACCAGACCUUUUACAACAGGUUUACCGUUUUCAUCCCAUAAACCGUCAUGAAGUGCCCUAAAAUCCAGGUAUGGAAUGAAUAUUAUUAAAAUUUUUACAUUUUCAGGUAAAUUUGCACGUUAAUACACCUUAUAUAUUCAUUAUACAAAUGAAAUAUUACUAAUUAUAUAUUUAUAUUAUAUUUUACUUUUAGAGUAAAAUAUUUAUUUAUAAUAUUCGUAAUUUAAAAGUACAUGGAUAACAACUUCAUUUUAAAAAUGGUAAAUAAUUAAAUAUAAAAUGAACUGCGUAUGCCUUGCUUUAUCAAAAAACAGAUAAACAUUACAUUGUAUUUUAACUAUUAUAACAAUUGUUUCCGGACGACCAGAUAAACAAUUAGUACGUAAGUACAUAUAUGUUUGGCCCUGUCAGUUUACAUGGUGAUUCUAACCUGUAUAUAACAAGAACAUCGGUUUGUAUAAACAUCCGCAACUUAAUCAUAGAAAUCCGAGAAAUAACAAAAUGCCCUGUUGGUAUUAUGAUAAGAAAGAACUCAAGAACACCCCUUCAAAGGCGGAUGGCAUUCUCUAUGAGACCGAGAUGCGUUACAGGAAAGAAGGUGCUAGAUUUAUAAUUGAAACCGGUACAAAGAUGGAUCUGGGCUACAACACAAUGGCCACUGGAGUGGUAUACUUUCAUAGAUUCUACAUGUUCCACUCAUUCAGACAGUUUCCUCGCUAUGUGACUGCCUGCUGUUGCCUCUUCCUUGCUGGAAAGGUAGAGGAAACACCCAAAAAGUGCAGAGAUAUUAUCAAUGCUGCCAAGGGUUUACUAUCAGAACAGAAGUUUACAACAUUUGGUGAUGACCCUAAGGAGGAAGUGAUGACAUUAGAGAGAAUAUUAUUACAGACAAUCAAAUUUGACUUGCAAGUGGAACAUCCCUACAGUUAUCUCUUGAAAUAUGCAAAAUGUUUGAAAGGUGACAAACAGAAACUGCAAAAAAUGGUACAAAUGGCAUGGACCUUUGUCAAUGAUAGUCUGUGCACCACUUUAACCCUUCAGUGGGAACCAGAGAUCAUUGCUGUGGCAUUGAUGUACCUUGCAGGUAAACUAAGCCAAUUUGAAGUAAUAGACUGGAUUGGGAGGACCACAAAACAUCUGAGAUGGUGGGACAUGUUUGUGGAGGAUGUCACAAUGGAUCUGUUGGAAGAUAUUUGUCACCAGGUGUUGGAUUUGUAUCAAUCAUCAUCAAACGCAUCAACUCCCGAUAGUCCACCAAGCGGACCGCGUCCCACCGCGAAUGCACCACUAGCGAAGCCGACAAGUAACGGACAGGACAAAGAGGCGGAAUCGCCCGCCCCGAUAAAAACUAUAACUUCAGUAAUUCCCGAGCCCAUUGUUCCCUAUGCCUAUCCGAGCAUGCCAACUUACCCACCGUAUGCUGGACCACCAGUAGCGCCUCCUGGACAUAUGGUAGCCCCGCCGCCAGGGCCACCACCUCCACACAUGGCAGCACCGCCAAUGGGUGUAUACCCAGGCUUUUCCGGGUCGUAUCCGCACCCACCAAUGGCGCCCAACCCGCAGGGAGGGUACUACCCACCACCAGCUCCGGCAGCACCACUUCCACCGCCGCCACAUCGGCAACCGUAUUUUAAAUAAUUGCAUUAGAAUAGUUAUUUGCAUAUGUAACUAUAUAUAAUUUAUAUACAAAGAAAACGCCAA